AAAUAGUUUAGGUACCAUUUUACACUAAUAGUAUAGUCAAGGGUUCUCAUUGAAAUCAGGAUUCUGGCACAUCGCUCCCUCGCUUAAACCCUGACGUUGCUCCGCUAUACCUUCAACCGCUGUCAAACCUUAACAAAGGUUCUGAAUUUUUUAUCUAUUGCCUCUCUUGAUCCAUCUAUGGUCUGAUCGGUUUAGGCAACAGAUUCUCUACAUCGCAUACUGCUAUUUAUUUUUCUUUCUAAUGACACAAUCACUUCUCCUCAUAUGAUUAAGAUACUUUUUUGGUCGUGGUUAAUAAGGCUUCUUCUUUUCAGUCCUUCUGUAUUGGAACUCAAGUAUCUUCUCGGAGCAUACCCUAUCCACGAGCUCACCUGUAGGAUAAAGUUGCUAAGUGCAUCAAUUUCUUCCCAGAAAACCUCGAAGCAUUUGGUCUUGUGCAAUGUGCUUUCCUGCGCUUUAUUAUUCCAGAAAGCAAAACACUUGACUGGAAUCUUAUCCAACGGAAGGCGAGCUGCUAAAAAUCGAUUUAGGUUUUAAAAGGGGGCGGUUAUGUAAAGGAAGGGCGAUUAUGUUUUGCUGUGCGAUUUCUUUUUGAAUCCCCAUGUUACUUCCAUGUGGGUUCCUCUAAUCAGGUUAGUUUUUCGCCGUAAUUUGGUCAAAUGUGACUAUACUAUCCGAUUUAAUUCAGUUUCAUCACUUGCCAAGUUACCCUUCUCCGACUCCGACGUGUCGGAUUCCGGUUCAGAUGAAAAUUCUUCAUUUUCCCACAAAAGUAGUAGUUCCAAUUCAUUCGAUCAUUCUCGCAUUGUGUUUUAUAGAUAUAGAUUCACCAAAAUCUUAGCCCACUUACAAUUAAAACCCAAAACUGCAUUGUUUUUAAUUACCCAUUUGAAAGAAUGUGGUUUUAAGCAUGAUGUUGUAACUUACAUGGCUGUUAUAAGGUUUUUUUGUUACUGGGGUAUGAUGAAGAGGUUAAACUGUUUGUUUCUGGAGCUUAUUGAUGAUAAAAUUGGGGCUUUUGGUUUUGAAAUUUCUGAUCUGUUUGAAGAAUUGUUGGAAGAGAUGAAUGUGGAUGGCUGGAAUUUGUUUGGUAGAGCAGUUGAUGCUUUAGUCACUGCUUUCUGUGAAGUCAGGAAGUUUGAUGAGGCUUUUAAUGUGUUGUUAAAGAUACAGUCUGGAUUUCUCCCAUCUGUAUAUACCUGUAACUUUUUAAUGAAACUGUUGGUUGAAGAGGGCAAAGUGGAUAAGGCUAUGGCAAUUUAUGAACAUUUGAAGAAGAAAGGUUUCUGUCCAAAUGCAUACACCUAUGGGAUUGUGAUCAAAGGACUUUGCAGAAAGGGUUGUUUAGAAGAAGCUCGAGAUGUAUUUGAAGAUAUAAAGGAAACUGGACUUGAGAAUACUUUCACUUUUGGUUCCUAUAUUGAUGGACUUUGCUCAAAUGGCUACUCAACUUUGGCUUUUGAUUUGCUAAAAGGGUCAGAUUCACCUAUAGAUGUUUUUGCUUAUACUUCUGUCAUUCGUGGUUUUGUAAAAGAGUUAAAGCUAGAAGAUGCAGAAAGUGUCUUUCUUCAUAUGAAAAAUCUCGCAAUUGUCCCGAAUGUGUAUUGUUACGGUGCUUUAAUCCAAGGGUACUAUCGGAAAUUGGAUAUUUUCAAGGCCUUGGAUCUUUAUAAUGAAAUGUGUUCAAAGGGUAUCAAAACAAAUUGUGUAAUUGUGAGCUUGAUUAUGCAAUGUUUGUGUCAUAUAGGGAUGUCAUCUGAAGCUGUAAACGAAUUCAUGUACGCAAUGGAAUCCGGUGUUUUUCUUGAUGAAAUCUCAUUUAAUAUUGCGAUCGAUGCUCUAUGUAGACUAAGGAAAAUGGAAGAAGCUAUGGAGCUUCUAGAAGUGAUGAAAAGGAGGAAAAUGAAAGUAGAUGUUAAGCAUUACACCACUUUGAUUAAAGGGUAUUGUCUCCAAAGUGAUCUUCUAAAUGCUUUAAACAUCUUCAUUGAGAUGAAUCAAAAUGGGUUGAAACCCGAUACCAUUACUUUCAACAUGCUUCUUGAUGGGUUCUCAAAAUGUGGCCUUUUCAAGGAGACGAUGAGUCUUUAUGAUGAUAUGUUAGCACAAGGUUUAAAACCCACAAGGGCUACAAACAAUGCUAUAAUCGAGAGGUUAUCCCAAUGUGGAAAAGUGAAGGAAGCAGGGUUAUUUUUUAAUAAUCUUGAAAGAAAAAGCUUGAAUGAUUAUGUUGCUAUGAUGAACGCAUACUGUGACACAAACAAUGCAAUCGAGGCGUACAAACUUUUUCUUACAUUAUCCAAUCAAGAAAAGGAAGUGUUUUUAGCGUCAAAAGCUUCUUGUUGCCAGAAACUUCUUAGUUGUCUAUGUGAAAAAGAUGAAACCGAUAAAGCUUUAAUCUUCUUUAAAGCACUAUUGAAAUCAGAAAAUGGUCCUUCUAAAAUUAUGUAUAGCAAACUCAAAUCGGCUUAUUGUCGUGGUGGAGAUAUGAAAAUGGCAAGGUGGGUUUUUGAUAAGAUGAUUGCAAGAGGAAUAAGACCCGAUGUUAUCUCCUACACGAUUAUGUUAGAUGGAUAUUGUCGUGUGAAUUGUUUAAAAGAAGCCAAAGAUCUUUUCAAUGACAUGAUAAAUCAUGGUAUACAACCUGAUGUCAUAACUUAUACGGUUUUGUUUCAAGGGGAUUUUAAAUCCGGGAGAAAAGAAAGGGUUUUGACACGAGAUUUAACCCCAGUCCAAGAGUUUGCUCCUGAUGUUAUUUUGUUCAGAGUUUUGAUGGACGAUUAUUGUAAAUCAGGGAAACUUGAGGGUGCUGUUGGUCUCUUUAAUGAAAUGAUUGAACGAGGUGUUAGACCAGAUACUGUAAUAUACACUUGUCUUAUGCGUGGGUUUUGCUCUCAGGGUUUUGUGGAAGAGGCUGAAAUGCUUUAUGGUAGGAUGGUAUCUGAGGGGGUCCCACCCGAUUCAAGUACCAUGGCAUUGAUAAAGAUGAUGAAAAGCAAGAAAAUGUGAUUUUAAGGACUUUGGAGUUUUUGGCAACUUUGUACAUGUUUGACAUAUGAGGGCACUCACUUGUAUAUUCUUCACCUUCUUUUUGGUUUUUUGUAAAGUAAAUCUGUAGGUAAAUGCAGUAUUUGAGCUGUUUUCACAAAAUUGGAACAAAAAUGAAAAAAAAAUGGUUAAAGGUACCUAGGUGGAGUAGUAGCAAAAUAUCUACAUUUCAUUGCCAUUUCGACACAUAAUGAUCUAAGUGAGACACUUUUUGUCAAUCAUGGCAUCCUACUUUCUAUUGCAGCUUUGUACUUCAAGAAUGUUUCUCAUUAAGACAUUGUACUUUGAAAAUAUAUCCAAUUAUAGCAAUGUACUUUAAUUUUUUUUUCUUAAUAGGAUACUAUACAGUGAAAAAUCAACUUAAUUAUUACAGUGAGAAAAUGGCUUUGUAUUUGUAUGAUAGUGCUAUAAUUGGGUACAGUUUUCAAAGUACAUUGAUGAGUGGGAAGAAAUGAAGGUAGGAUGCUAUAAUAAACAUAUCAAUAAAAAGUCCUGUUAUUUCUUGCAUUUAACCAAAACAAAAUUAUCAUGGAAUUUAAGGACUAUAUUGAACAAAUAAGAAAGUGAUAUCAAGUAAGAUGCAUUUGGUUGAUUAGAGAGGGGAUUGUUAGUAUUCCAUCAUCAUCUAAAUUUGUAUAGUUAAGAGAUAUAGGGGCUGCCAAAAAUUGGGGUUUUAAUUAUA